AUGUUUGACCGAUUUGCUCGAACAACGAUUGGAGCCAGUGCAACAAAUACUUCUACAUCAGGAUUCGGUUCCAUACACACACUUCCUGUUGCAUUUGGUUAUUUGAAAAUAAUCGAAAAACACCAACCGAAAUAUGUGGAUAAAUUGACACCAUAUAUCACGAAAUUGCUACAAAAACUGAUCAAGGAUCAUACAAGUGCUGGCGCCGAUUACAAUUCCGCGUUUACUGAAUAUAUUGUCGAAUGUCUUACAUUACUUAAAUAUCGUAUUGCUCAAUUAACAAAUGAUCUUCGGAAACAAUUUAUGAAUAAUUUUUUACCGUGUUUAAUCGAAAAAUCUCACGAUAUCAAUCUCGUUCGCGCUAUCAUUCGUCUUGUUUACGAUUGGCUUAAAUGGCGUGGAGAUGUACAAUUAGUUCCAUCGAUAAAAGAAAAAUCUCAGUUGCUUCUGAGACUUUUGCAAUGCAUCGACAAAAGCGGACGUUUUCAACAGCAUCAACAGCAAGCGAAUGAUAAUGAUUUGACCAAUAGUUUCCUCGAACUAAUCCUACAUGUUUAUCAAGAAUCAAACUAUCGAGAAUUGUGUAUUAAACUGGAAGCUGCAUUCAUUCUUGGUUUAAAAUCGACAAAUCAGCAAUUACGAAAGCAAUUCUUCCUGAUCUUAGACAAGAAUUUGCGAAAAACUUUGCACGAUCGAUUGUUAUUCAUAUUUCUAUCACAAAACUGGGAAUAUCUCGGGCAACACUAUUGGAUUAAACAAUGUUUAGAAUUAUUUUAUACGUGCGUCUCGUCGAUAAUUCCGUUGUCAUGUGUGGACGAUCGUAUAUCAGUUCUUCCAUCAUUAACAGCAGAAGUCAAAUCGGCUGAAUUCUAUGAUCGAUACGAUUUUCUUAUUGAUUAUGUUAAAACAAACAAUCCAUCGUCGUUAGAAAGUGUCACGACAAAAGUUGAAUCGAAUCUUGAAACAUCAGUUAAAAUGGAAGUGAAUGACGAAGCAACAGCAACAACAACACAGAACCCUGCCUAUUCGAUCAUCUCCAAUGCUCUUGGUGUUACAGCAAUGAGUACACUUGUGACAAAAAAACAACGGACGUCGUCUAUUUCAGUGAACGAACCUAAAGUGAAACAUUUUAAACGAAUGUUAUCGUCCGAAAAUAUACGUCGAUUCCCAAGUGAAAAACCUCCGAAUAGUGUUACACGUGAACCUGCGAAUAGAAUCCAACUAGCUGAGUUGAUUAAUAGCGAACUCAAUUUCCUGAAAAUCCUCACAUCGAUACAAUCAAAACCGAAUGACCUAUUCGAUUCAAUCAUCCAGUUUCUACAUACAAAUAAUUCAGUGCUUAUCGACAAGUUAACGCAUCAUCUAUUCGUCGAUCUCCUACCGAAAAUUCUUCGUCUUGUACCUGAAAAAUAUCGCAUCAUCUUAUUUCAGCAAAUUGUUCAACCAUUUUUUGUCAGUGGAACUCAUUUACAACAACGCGACUUGUAUCCAUACAGUUCACUGAACACUAUACUCGAAGCUUUCUAUGCCAUGUUCAAAACCAGCGAUAGUAUAUCAGAAUUUGUACCCAUCAUACGGCCAAUUAUACUUAAAUAUAUCGGCAAAACACACAAUACUUGGCACAGAAGUAUUUUACUCCUAGAGCAAUAUAUCAUUGAUCAAUAUCCAAAUCAUGAAUCUUUAUCAAACGAUGAAACAUAUCAAGAAUCAUUCAAUUCUCUUUUUGAGUUAUAUGAACAUCUCAACGAGGAUGAUUAUAACAUAAGCCUUUGGUUACAUCGUCAGUUUUCUCCAAAUAUCAAUUCGUUAAUUUCAAACGCUUUACAAUACGAACAACUCGGUCUCUUCCAACAAGCACUGGAAUAUUACACACAAUCGAUAAAACUCUUGGAAACGGAGUCGACUCCUUCGUCGGGAACGACAAAUCCGUUCUUUGAAUUAGAUGAAUAUUCCUUCCUUGAACAACAUUGGAUCAAAUGCACCAAGGAAUUAAAUCAAUGGGAUACAUUACUAUCGUACUGUAAACAACAGAGUAACCGGGAUCAUUUGCUUUAUCUUGACUGUACAUGGAGAUCGUCGAAUUGGGCAUUGAUGAAAGAAACUCUCGGUCAACUAGACGCAAUGUGUAACGGAACAAAUAUGAAUUUAACGAACUCUUCGAUUCAAACAUUUCAAUUUCUCAAUCAAAAUCCAACGUUAGCGCAAUCAACAAUUAUCUCAAAUAUCUUAACAAUCAAAGAUUUUCAAUGGAAAUUUGCUUUGUAUCGCUGCUAUCUAACAUUAUGUUCAACAAUUACGAAUACCGAUGAUCCAACAAUUUAUCAAACAACAAUGAAUAUCACCGAACGUCUAAUUGAUUACUGUUCCUUGAACGCUCUGAAAGAAUGGAAACAUUUACCGAACUAUAUCUCAAAUUCACAUUUGAAUUUACUGCAAGCAUCUCAGCGUAUCAUUGAACUACAAGAAUCAGCACAGAUUCUCUUAAACAUCCAGACAAAUUCAUCGAACAAUAACACAUCAACGUCAAUCAUAUCUACCACAACGAAUGGUAAUACAUCAACAACAACCAACAUUCGACAAACGACGAAUAUUCAUGAACUGAAAACAAUCGUCAAGACGUGGAAAAGUCGUUUGCCAUUAAUCAACGAUUCAUUAAGUUUCUGGAAUGAUAUAUUCACUUGGCGUGAACUUCAAUACAGUACGAUAAGUUCACAGUUCGACAAAGAUUUCAAUGGCACGAAUGGAUCAUUGGCGAAUAACGGCGGUAAUAACGUGAACACCGGACAAGUUCUGCUCGGCAUUCAUGCAAUUGCUCAAUCAAUAACACAAUUAGGAAAAAUUGCACGGAAACAUCAUAUGCCUAACAUCUGUAUGGAAAUUCUCUCGAGAAUUGGUACUGUUAUUCCGAGUGUACCUGUUGUCGAUAGUUUCCAGAAAAUCAAACAGAUCAUAAAAUGUUAUUUGAUUUUACUUCCAACACUAUCGAGAAGCGAAGUUCAAGAUAUAUUUGAUCUGAUCGAACAAGCCAAUACGAAAUAUUUUAAUAAAGAUAUGAUGAGCGAAUUUUACUGUUUGAAAGCAGUUGCUUACUCAAAAUUAGAUCUCAAUGAAGAAGCACACAAAUUGUUCAGUUGUUCAGCACAACUAUCGGAUUCGAAUUUGACUCGAACAUGGAUCAAUUGGGGAGAUUUUCUUCUAAAACAAACCUCGAACCUUCAUGAUGAUGAAUCAAUUAUGGUUUGCUAUCUCAAUGCUUGUAAAGAUCUAAAUGAAACCAAAGCUCGUUCCGUUCUAUCGAAGAUAUUCUAUCUACUCGCUCGGGAAAAUGAGAAUGCUAAAUUGUCAACAUGUAUCGAGCGCUAUUCAUCCUUAAUACCAGUGCAACAUUGGCUCUUUUGGUUACCACAAAUUCUGAAUAAACUAAUCCGUAACGAAUCAAGUCAAUGUAUGUUUGCCAUUUUGAACGAAUUGAUUCGUUUAUAUCCGCAAGCUGUUUAUACUCAAAUCAAGAAACAUUCGAGAAAGUUAAUUGAAAAUGCUCAAGAGGAGAGACUCGCUCCGUUAACCCCAACGACGCCAACAAUUGAAAAUACUCUUAAUCUACCUACGAUAUCUCGUCGACAGCAAGCAAUGAGUGAUUUAAAGCAUUUAGAACAGAUUUUACUUGAACAACAUCCAACAGUCGUACGCACAUUGGAUAUUCUUGUGGAACAAUUGAACAUGAUCAAUGAAAGCUUUCUGGAAUAUAUGAUCCGACGUUUAUAUGAAUGUCAGCGAAGGAUUUAUCAAGAUCUAUUUGAAAAUAAGAAAAUCUUAUCAAAUGACGUGAAAUUAAUUAUUCAACAUUUGAAAGAUCUUCUGAAUAAUGAUGAAAAGGAAUUCGAUCACCUUAAACAAUUGAAGAUACAAUUCUGGAAUGAUUUCAAUGAAAGUGUACUGAACAAUGAUGUUAUAUGUCGAUCAUUUAUCCUUUUGAUUAGUAAAUGGAUAGGCUUAGUCGAGCGUCGCCUUGAACAAACCGAGGAACGCACGAAAUAUCUCUGUCAAACAAAAUAUCUUCACUUACUCUCAUUCAAUUCACAAAUUACGAACGAUAUCAAUAUGCCGGGUGAAUUAUGGCACGCGCCUGAAGCGAAUUUCUUCUUUCGUAUCAACAAAUUCUUUCCAACAAUCGAACGAGUUUAUAAACAAGAACGGUAUUUCAAUCGUUUAACAAUUCGUGCACAUAAUGGCAAAAUCAUGUAUUAUCUCGUAUCGAAUAAUUAUCAAUCAAUACCAAUCGAUAAAUUCGAAUCGCAGUGGGAAUUAGAAGAAAAUACAUUACAAUUUCUCAAAAUGAUCAAUAAUGUGUGCAUACGAAAAGAAAAAGAACUACUAAAACGACAUUUACAAAUAUUCUUUCCACAUUUAUGCACUUAUUUAUCAUCAUUACGUUUAAUCGAAGAUAAUCGCUCGGUGAUUAAUCUAAUUGACAUAUAUAAUGACAAAUUGAUGGUAUCGAUAAAGAAGCACUAUGAAUUAAUUGACGAUAAUAAUGAAAACUUAGUAGAGAUUUUCCAAUCAAUACAAAAUGAGUAUUUUCCUAAUAAACGGUUAUUACACCAAUGGACAUUAAAUGAAUAUUCAACUGCGACAGGAUACUUUGCAUUUCGAAAGAUCUUUACAAUAUCAUUGGCUUUUUAUUCGACAUUAAAUUAUUUUUUCGGUUUUAAUAUGUACGCUAAUAAUCAAUUAAAUAUUCAACGUUCAAUAGGAAGUAUCAAUCCAUUGUACCUAAAAUUAGAAGAUGAUCUCAAUAGAAAAGAUGGCAAUCUUUAUUUGACACCAAAUAUCAACGCAUUCAUCAACCAAUUUGGCAAAAUGGGUCCACUGACAGCAACAAUUACAGCAACAUUAAUGUCAUUAGCACAACCGAAAUAUCAAAUUAUCGAAUACUUGAAGAUCUUCUACAAAGAAGAUAUUCAUAUAAAACAUCCUGAAUUAACACAGAAAGAAUGUGUUCAAUUGGUCGAAAAUCUUGCAAGCCAAUUGGAAACGAAAUUGAAUGAAUUCACGGAUUUCAAUGCGUCGCGAAAAGUAGUCUCCCAAUUGAUCAAAAACUCUACAGAUAUUAAUCAACUAGCACGUGUGAAUCCACUCUAUUAUCCUUGGUUAUGA